AUGGUGCAGUUCUCUUCCUCACCUUUUGGUUACCAGUCACCUUCGGGCCACUCGGCGGAGGGAAGGGAGGAGACUAUGAAGUCAGCCAAGCCCCAAGCGAACCACAGCCUUGGGGACAGCCAGCGCGCUCUGAGCCCCUUGCAGUCUCCUCUCCGGUCCGUGACCUCUCCUUCUCAAGCCUAUGAGACCUACAUUGAUAAUGGACUCAUAUGCCUUAAACACAAAAUUAGAAACAUCGAGAAAAAGAAGCUCAAAUUGGAAGAUUAUAAGGAUCGCCUGAAAAAUGGAGAGCAACUUAAUCCAGACCAAUUGGAAGCAGUUGAAAAAUAUGAAGAAGUGCUGCAUAACUUAGAAUUUGCCAAGGAGCUUCAGAAAACCUUCUCAGGACUGAGCCAAGAUCUCCUUAAAGCUCAGAAGAAGGCCCAGCGAAGGGAGCACAUGCUAAAACUUGAGGCUGAGAAGAAAAAACUCUGCACCGUCCUCCAGGUUCAGUAUGUAUUACAGAACUUGACACAGGAACAUGUGCAGAAGGACUUGAAGGAGGGCUUGAAUGGUGCAGUGUAUUUGCCUUUAAAAGAACUUGACUACCUCAUUAAAUUUUCAAAACUGACCUGCCCUGAAAGAAAUGAAAGUCUGAGUGUUGAAGACCAGAUGGAGAAGUCAUCCUUGUACUUUUGGGACCUUUUGGAAGGUAGUGAUAAAGCAGUGGUAGGAACAACAUACAAACAUGUGAAAGAUCUACUGUCUAAAUUGCUGAACUCAGGCUAUUUUGAAAGUAUCCCAGUUCCAAAAAAUGCUCAGGAAAAAGAAGUAUCACUGGAGGAAGAAAUAAAAUCAGAGAAGAGAAAACAGUUAUUGAAGACUGAAUCUGUCAGAGAGUCAGAGUCUCUUAUGGAAUUUACACAGCCAGAGAUACAACCACAAGAGUUUCUUAACAGACGCUACAAAGCAGAAGUAGAUUAUUCAAGCGAGCAGCAUGAAGAGCAAUCUUGGGAAGAAGACUAUGCUAGAAAACCAAAUCUCCCCAAAUGUUGGGAUAAGCUUACUGAACCAGCUGGUGAGGAGAAGAAACAGGAAUCCUUCCCGUCCUGGGAGCCCUCUGUUAAGCAGCAGGAGCUGGCAAGGCCUGUGGUUCCCUCCGGACAGAGGAAGCAAGAGAUGGCCAAGCCCAGGCCCACUCUGCCGGAAGAACAGAAGAAGCAGGAUAUCUCUAAACCCAAGCUAACCCCUAGCCAGUGGAAGCAAGAAACUCCCAAACCCAAAGCAGGAUAUGUUCAAGAGGAACAAAAGAAGCAGGAGACACCAAAGCCCUGGCCAGUUCAACUGCAGAAAGAACAGGAUCCAAAGAAGCAAACUGCCAAGUCUUGGACACCUUCCCUGCAGAGUGAACAGGACCUCAGCAAGUCAUGGACCACACCCAUGUGUGAAGAACAGGACGCAAGUCAGGCAGAGACUCCCAAACCCUGGGAAAACAACGUGGAACAUCCAAAACACCCUCUAACACCACAAUCACAGAUUUCUCCCAAGUCCUGGGGGGCAGCUGCAGGAAGCCUCAUGCCAAAUGACCAGCUCCUGCCCGGGAAGUUGAAUGCAGAACCCAAAGAUGUGCCUAAGCCCAUGCAUCAGCCUGUAGGUUCUUCCUCUCCUCUUCCAAAGGAUCCAGUAUUGAGGAAAGAAAAACUGCAGAAUCUGAUGACCCAAAUUCAAGGAACCUGUAACUUUAUGCAAGAAUCUGUUCUGGAUUGUGACAAACCUUCAAGUGCAAUUCCACCCUCACAGCCACCUUCUGUUACGCCAGGGAGCCCAGCAGCAACUCCAGAACAAAAUCUAACCAGUCAAAAUGGUUUUCUUCAAGAGUCAUUACAGGCUGCUGUUUUUCCAGUUACCAGUAGCUCAAGUGCUUGCUUGGUUACUGCCGAUCAGGCUUCUUCGGGAUCUGAAACAGAGUUUAUGCCUUCAGAGACCCCUGAGGCAGCAGAUCCCCCAAGCAAACAGCCAUCUUCACUGGCUUCACCAAACCCUCCCAGGUCAAAGGGCCCUGACCAGGGCUUCCCGUCACCUCCAGCAGGUAGUGGUUCAGUAACCAUUGGCACAGCGCCCUUCCAAGCCACGCAGACCGUAUUUAAUGUUAACGCACCUCUGCCUCCACGGAAAGAACAAGAAAUAAAAGAACCCCCCUAUUCACCUGGCUACAAUCAAAGUUUUACUACGGCAAGUACACAGACACCAUUCCAGUGCCAACUGCCAGCCAUCCACGUGGAACAAACUGUUCUUUCUCAAGAGACUGCAAGUUAUCCUGAUGGAGCUAUUCAAGUAAGCAAUGGUAGCCUUGCCUUUUACCCAGCACAGAUGAAUGUGUUUCCCAGGCCAUCCCAACCGUUCGUCAACAGCCGGGGAUCUGUUAGAGGAUGCACUCGCGGUGGGAGAUUACUAACCAAUACGUAUCGGUCCCCAGGAGCUUAUAAAGGUUUUGAUACUUAUAGAGGACCUCCUUCAGUUUCCAAUGGAAAUUAUAGCCAGCUACAAUUCCAAGCUAGAGAGUAUCCUGGAACACCUUAUUCCCAAAGGGAAAAUUUCCAGCAGUGUUACAAGCGUGGAGGGACAUCUGGUGGUCCUCGGGCAAAUUCAAGAGCAGGGUGGAGCGAUUCCUCUCAGAUGAGCAGCCCAGAGAGAGACAGCGAGACCUUUCCCAGCGGCGACUCUGGACAGGGGGACUCGCGCAGCCUGACGCCCGUGGAGGUGCCCGUGCCCGUGCCCGCGCCCGCGCCCAGCCCCGCGGCCACCAUCCUGCCGGUGCACGUCUACCCGCUGCCGCAGCAGAUGCGCGUGGCCUUCUCCGCGGCCAGGACCUCCAACCUUGCCCCGGGGACCUUAGACCAGCCCAUCGUGUUCGAUCUCCUUCUGAACAACCUGGGGGAGACGUUCGAUCUCCAGCUGGGCAGGUUCACCUGCCCGGUGAACGGCACGUACGUGUUCAUCUUCCACAUGCUGAAGCUGGCCGUGAACGUGCCCCUGUACGUGAACCUCAUGAAGAACGAGGAGGUCCUGGUGUCCGCCUACGCCAACGACGGCGCCCCGGACCACGAGACCGCCAGCAACCACGCCAUUCUCCAGCUCUUCCAGGGAGACCAGAUAUGGCUGCGUUUGCACCGGGGAGCCAUUUAUGGAAGUAGCUGGAAAUACUCCACGUUUUCCGGCUACCUUCUCUAUCAAGAUUGA